UUCGUUAUUCGAACGCUUACCAGCACUAAAAUCGAAAGGCAAGCGCUUACCUACACUGUCGGAAUCACGAACAAUUUUUUUUUAUUAUGGCACUUGCGCGGCUCGCAAACAAUAUUCGCUGAACAAAAUCAAUUGGAAGCCAUUGCGAGACGUCAAGGACUCUUCACGCUAAGGUUCCUGCUCGAGAGGACCGCUGUAACGGUAGCGAAAGUGCCGAAAUCCAAACAAUUUCCCCGGCCAUCACCCCCUCACCACCCCGCAAAACGAGUAGACGCCGCUCAAAACUACAUUUUGUGCAAAUAUCUAAGAUCUACACAGACCGCCAUCGAAUAUUAUGAAAUGGACAAUGCCCUCGGCCAUAAGUGGCGCCGCACAUGGCCAGGUCCACAUACCCAGCAACGAGGAAUGCGGCAUCAGGGACGUGUGGAAGCAUAACCUGGAGGAGGAGUUCCGCACGAUUCGCAAGGUGGUGCAGAAGUACCACUAUGUAGCCAUGGACACAGAGUUUCCGGGUGUGGUCGCUCGACCCGUGGGCGAGUUCCGCUCCACGGCGGACUACCAUUACCAGCUGUUGCGCUGCAAUGUGGACCUGCUGCGGAUCAUUCAAUUGGGCCUGACCUUCAUGGACGACGAUGGCAAGACACCGCCCGGCUAUUCCACCUGGCAGUUUAACUUCAAGUUUAACCUGAGGUGGUGAAGUACUUGCUGGCCUGCGACUGGUCGCCGCGUCCUCACUCCCAGGACGUCACCAGAUCGGUGGCCCUGCAACAGGCGCUGAUUGGAGCCGCCGCGCAGGCGC